AUGAACCCUCGUUAUCGACCCGCUAUUAACAUCUCUCUUUGUUAUUGUCCCUCCUCUCGUUACUAUUUCCAGGAACACGUCAUCCAGUCUCGCCGAAACCCUCUCUUUGCUGCCCUCCCCUCUCGAUACUCUCCUCUCCUCUCAUUUAUGUCCCCUCCAUCAUCACGGUCCCGUCCAUUCAUCACUCUCAUUUGCCCUCAUUCCUCUCUCCCGUCCUCAUUCCUCUCUCCCCUCCUCAUUCCUCUCUCCGCUCCUCAUUCCUCUCUCCGCUCCUCAUUCCUCUCUCCGCUCCUCAUUCCUCUCUCCCCUCAUUCAUCUCUCCGCUCCUCAUUCCUCUCUCCCCUCAUUCAUCUCUCCGCUCCUCAUUCCCCUCUCCUCAUCACCGACCUCCUGUCGAGGUCCGAGCCAACAAUGCCAUUCACCUUUCUCAAUGCAACUCCUUGGUGCAUGAAUUCCAAGAAAUCUCUUGCCUUCUUGUUGAUCCCUUUGCACAUGAGUGCAGGGGCCGCUGCUGCUGCUGCCCGAACGUGUUCCCUGAGGGCAAAUGGUACCGUGGCUGCCGGCAGUGGUGCUCGUUCCUCCUUCGCUACAGCUGCAGCUUCUUUUCCGUCUGCUCGCGGCACGGCUGUUUCCUGCUCUCGUUGCGUGCUUCUGACUCUAUUUGCAUGUGCCCGGCGAUCGAUCCCUUUACGGCAUGCCCGCUCGAGUGUGCUUCUGGAAAGGAGCGGAUCGAAUGGAGCAGUGGAAAGGGCAGCGGGAGCGAGAGGCGCAACUGUAGUGAGGGGAGCACCAGGAGGUCGAGGGGCUGUUGAUGUAGCUUUGCCGGGAACGCCUUUUCCUGUGCUUCUUGCCUGCAGCGUGCGGGGGACACAGGCGGAGUUGAGCCGGAGUUGUGGCUCUAGAAGGAUUGGCACUGUGGCCUGGGCCAGGGGUCGAGGCAGGGCUGUUAAGAAGGAGGAAUUGGCUUGGGGGAGUGCGGAGGCAGUGACUGCAGAAGAGGAGGCUGUAGGGGGCGCGACAUCAGGAGAGGCUGUUGAUGGUGUGACUGUAGGGAAUGUGGCCAGAGAAAAGACAGUCACAGAGGUGACUGUAGGGGACGUGAAUGCGGAACGAGAGGCUGUAGGGGAGGUGAAUGCAGAACAAGAGGCUGUAGGGGAGGUGUGUUCUAAAGAGACAGUCGAAGGUGUGACUUUAAGGGACGUGAGUGCAGAACAGACAGUUGAAGAGGUGACUGUAGGGGACGUGAGUGAAGAGAGUGGCAGCUGUACGGAAACAGAGGGGAGUCGAGCUUCAGAGGUGACUGUCUGGAAGGAGGAGGCUCAAGUUAUGAUGGCUGGGCAGGGAGCAUCGGAGUUGAGUGUUUGGAAGGAGGAAUCAAAAGCAGCUGGAAGGAAAGCAUCAGAGUUGACUGUUUGGAAACAGGAAUCAAAAGCAGUGGUGGCUGGACGGAAAGCAUCAGAGUUGACUGUUUGGAAAGAGGAGGGAAAGGCAGUGGUUGCUGGACAGAAAGCGUUAGAGGUGACUGUCUGGAAGGAGGAGGCAAAAACAGCAAUCAUAGAGAAGAAGGCAUUGGAGGAGGCUCAGGCGGCGGUGAUAGGGCAGAGAGGAUUGGAAGAACACCCAAUGGCAGUGAUACAACAGAGAGCAUCAGAGCUGAUUGUUUGGGAAGAGGAGGCAGAAGCACCGGUGGUGAUCGAUCAGAGAGCAUUGGAGAAGCAUGAGGCGGCGGUGUCUUUUGAGGCGCCUGAAAAGGACGAGCAUGAGGCGGCAGUGGAGGAAGCGUCGAUAGGUCUGGACGACCCUGACCCUGAAGAGGUCUUUGAGUGGACCCACACUCCAAGAAGUGCAUUUCAACUUUUUGAAUCGACUCAAAGAUCACGUGCGGCAGAGGCAGCUUUGGUGGGUGAGCAGCAGCAGGGCAUUCAGGAUCCUUCUGAGCUGUCCCAAACAUGGAGUGGGGGACAGCAGCCCUGGCAACUCCAGCAGAAGCAGCAGGAGAUGAAGGAGCAGUGGCAAGGGCACGGAGAGCAGCAAGAGCAGAAGGUGGGAGCGGAGGUAACGGCGUUUGAUAUGAGUGAGCAGGGAGGGAAUAAGGGGGGAGCAGGGGCAGCAGCGUCUGAUGUGAGUGAGCAGCAAGAGCAGAAGGGGGGAGCGGAGGCAACAACAGUGUUUGAUAUGAGUGAGCUCGUUCAAGCUGUGGCGUUUGAAGCUGCUUCGGAUUUCUCGAAUGCCCAAGGCUUCAGGUGCAGCUUUCACCAGUACCUUGAGUCGCUGCACGAGAGGAUGACACGUCAGCAGCUGAACGCCUCGCUGGAAGUGCAGCAGGUGGUGGGAUGGGCAGGAGUUAACUACGACAUGCUGCUGCCACACGUGCGCAGGCAGCGCCUGGAUCCGAUCUCCCGGGCUCUUGGAUACUCGGACACGCAGCAUCUGCUGGAGCACUACACGGCCGUUGAUGCAGCAAUGAGCGGACUGGAUGGUUUCGGGCAUAGCGGAGGAGAGGAGAGCGUGAGCUUUGAGUCGACUCAAAACACGCAGCAUCUGCAGGAGCACCACAGGGCCGUUGAUGCAGCGAUGAGCGGAUUGGACAGUGAGGGGAUUUGGGAGCAUAUCAGAGAGGAGAGCAUGGGUUCCGAGUUGACUCAAAACGCGCAGCAUCUGCUGGAGCAUCACCACAGGGCCACUGUGGAGGCAGUGGGAUGGGAGAGUGAAGAGAUGGUGGGGCAUAGCGGAGGCGAGAGCGUGGAGCUGGCAGCACUCUCCCCCCGACUCUCUCCUUUCCCGAGCCUCACCGCUUCCAGCCCACACGUCUCCUCCCACGUCAGGCAAGCAGAUGCGGCACGGCAUGAUGUGCCUGGAGGGGCGGUGCGGGGAGGAGGAGAUAUGCAUAGUGACAGUGUGGGAGCGGGCCGACAGGGCCCUAGGGAAUCAGACUUGGAGGCAGCAGGCGAAGCACAUUCGUCAGUGCAGCAGCGGUUCGAUACUGCACAGUCUAGUAAUAACCCUGCUGCGGAGGAGCCGAACGGGAGUCAAACCGGAGCCAGCUUGCCUUUUGAGAGCAGCAGUGGCUCCUCUCAGUCCCGAAACUUGCAUUCAUCAGCGCAGCAGUCAGCAGGCACUCAGUUUGGUUCCCCUCAGUCUAAUGUUGAGCCACACCGGAGGAGCCAAACAGGAGCCGAGCCACUGUCCCCUCAGCGCUCCCAGUCCACUCCCACGUCCCUUUCCUCUCCGUCUCCUCCUGCUGCCUAUCCUGCCCGUUCUGCCCGUUCUGUUUCUUCUGCUCCGCCUGCUGAUUCUGCUCCUGUGCAGUCGGAGUGGCAGCGCCGUGCAAAUGCCAUGCGUGCUGCUGCUGCUCUUGCCCGUGCUGCCACACCCGCCACCACCACCACUCCCUCCACCACUGCCACCAGCCCCACCACGCCCGCCACCUCUGCCACUCCUCAUCCGUCCUCUCACCUUCCAGUCCCUCCUUCCGUGCAUCCUUCCUCUGCUGCCCCUGCUUCUCCCCCUUCUGCUGCUCCUCCCACGUCUCUCUCUAGCCAUCCCAAUCCUCCCCAUUCCCACCCACAAGCACCAUCUUCUCCCUCCUGGCCUGCAGACACACACCGCCCUUGGUCCCGUUGUGAUCAUCGCGGCAGUAGUGCUCAGCACGAAACGCCUCGAGUCUCAACAACCACUGAGAGGCAGGACGCUAUCCGAGUCAGCAGACUCUUUGAGUCAACUGAAACAGAGCAAGAAACGCCUCUUGUCUCCACCACCACUGUGAGGCAGGAUGUAGUUCGAGCCAGCAGUGUAGGGCAGGGAGCAGGCCACGUUAUAGCGCAGCAGGUAGAUUGGUCCUCUGUGAGAGAGGGUCACAGGGUGGGUCGUCAUUCCGAAGCUGAUUCCGCGACGCAUCCUGCCGUGGCUGCCCUGCUGGCUCGGUGGUGCCAGACCCAUUUUGCCUCGGUCUGCUUCGAGGACCGGCCGGAGCUGAAGCUGCCGGGCCUGGUUCGAGAUGCGGCUGGAUCGGAGGCUCGGGAAGGAGGUCCGGGAGUUGUGGAUCCGGUGCGGGGAGUGGAGGAGGGGGGGAUGGGAGAGGAAGGUGGAGGUGUGAGUGGUUUGAAGGGGUUUGGAGUGGUUGAUUUGGAGGACGAUGAGUUGGUAGAAGGAGGGGAGGAUGGGGAGGAGGUGGAGGAAGAGGAAGGAGAAGAGGAGGAAGGAGGGUAUGAAGAUCUAGAUGCGGUAGGCAGCGAGGAGAAGGAAGAGUUUCUUGACGCAUUUUUACAGGAGGAGGGCUUAGGGUUUAGGAUGGUAGUAGAAGAGGAAGAGGAGGAGCGGAGUGAUGUUGCAGUGGUAGCUGUGGAAGCAUGGGCGGCAGGCAGCAUGGCGACAGGCACAAGCACAGACACGGCAAAGCGAGGACGGAGGAAGAAGUCAAAUGAAGCCACUGGGAGGAGGCAGGAGGGCAGGGGAGCGGCGACGGGUGUUGCUGAUGAUGAAAACGUGCUUGCAGUGGGGGAAAUGGGCGCGAGUCAGUGGGUGGGAGUGGGACCCGUUAUGGCAAUCUCAGAAGGUGGGGCUGUGGCUUGGGAUGCAGCAGCAGGCACAAGUGUUGCCCCGCGUGUAGGCAGUGCGGCAGAGAAAGCGGAGGAAAAGGAGCUGGUGGGAGGGCUGGACACGCCGUUAGCUGGUAGCACAGAAGGUGGGGGUGCAGCUGCGGAUGGGGAUGCAGCAGACCGUGCAGCAGCAGAGAUGGCAUGGCUGGACACGACUCUAGGGAGCAGAGACGGAGCAGCUGAAGCACCAGCCUCGCACGCAGGCAGAGCAGCAAUAGAGGAGCAUGUGAGCUGGCUGGAAACGCCGCUGAGGAGCCUGGCUCGGCGGAGUGGGGGCGUGCUGACGCCCGGGCAGCGGGAGAAGCUGGAGAAGGCGGGGAUGUGGACGGUGAGGCAUCUGCUGGAGCAUUACCCUCACACGUACAAGGACCUCACGCGAAGCAGAGAGGAUGUGAUGCGAGAUGGGCAGGUGGCUGCUGUUGGCGUGGUGGAGAGCGUUAGUGUGAACGCAGCCAGAGGUGGGUCUUGUGCUGUAGCCGAGCUUCGAAUCCGCUGCAACCCGCCUGACAACGCCGCCACCACGGGCAACACCAAUUCUCCCACCAGCACCACAACCAGCGGACCCAGAUUCAGCAUCCCCCGAUCUACCAGCAGCAGUGGUAGCAGUGGCAACAGUGGUGGUGGGUUUAUGGUGACAGCGAAGCAGUUCCGUGCUGGGAGCUGGGCUCGGAAAGCUCUUUACUCUGCCUACCCUAAGGGCUGCCUCGUCUCUGUCACUGGCCAGAUGAGGACCGUGCACGGCGAUGGGACGAUCGAGCUGGACAUGAACAGUGACAUUGUGAAGGUGGAUGCCGGCGCCAGCAGGGGGGACGGCGGUGCUGUGCCGGUGUAUUCAGCCAGAAAGGACAUGGACCCUCUCUCCCUGCGCGUCAUCCUCGAAAGUUUAGUCAAGAUGAUCCCUCCGGACUUGGAAUACCAUUCCCCCUCCCUCCGCGCGCGCUGCAACCUCCUCCCCCUCCCUCUCGCCCUCGCCACCAUCCACUGCCCGUCCGACCGCGCUCUCGUCCCCCUUGCCCGGCGCCGCAUCGUCUUCGACGAGUUCUUCUUCUACCAGCUCCGCAUCCUGCUGCAGAGCCGGCGAAUCAAACUCGGCCACCUGGCAUCCGCAGCCGCAGCAGCAGCAGCAGCCUCCGGAGGGGGAGGAGGGACCAUCGAGUGGACCCGCAGAGAUCUGACGGCCGAGCAGUGGUCCCCACUCACACAAGAAAUUCUUUCCAGCCUGCCCUACACGCUCACCGCCGGGCAGAUGCAGGCUGCCCGGGAAAUAAUCUCCGAUAUGAAUUGGCCGGUGCCGAUGUCGAGGCUGCUGCAGGGGGAUGUGGGGUGUGGGAAAACGGUGGUGGCGCUACUGGCAUGUAUGGAGGCAGUGGCGCAUGGGUAUCAGGUGGCUGUGAUGGCCCCCACUCAGUUCCUUGCUCAGCAGCACGUGGCAAGGUUCGAACAGUGGCUCCAAGCGCUGCCGCCCGAUCGCCGCCCGAGGGUUUGCCUGCUGACUGGGAGUGUGAAGCGCGCCAAGGCACUGCGGCUGGACAUCAAGGAGGGCAGGGUGAGCAUCAUCAUCGGAACACACGCCCUCAUCGCCCGAGCCACGGCCUUCCACCGCCUGGGGCUGGCGAUUGUGGAUGAGCAGCACCGUUUCGGGGUCAAGCAGCGGGCGAGACUGCACGAGAAGGGCCUUGACGCACUUAGGCAGCAGCAGGAAGCCAUCGACAGCAGUGAUACAGAGGACGCUAUUGAAUCUGGAAACAUCGCUUCAGCCCCCUCCGCCCUCCCGCUCCUCUCGGAGCCCCACACGCUCACCAUGACGGCCACACCCAUACCGCGCUCCCUCGCCCUCGUGCUGCACGGCCAAACCGACAUCUCGCGGAUCGCCGAGCUGCCGCCCGGGCGCACGCCGGUGGAGACUCUUGUCUUUUAUGACGGGGACGGGAAGGGCGGCAGCAGCGGGGAGGAGAGUGAGGGGGAGUGGGAGGAGGAGGGUGGGGAGGAGAAGGAGAGGGCUGCAGCUUACAAGAUUCUUCGAGAGGAGGUGCAAUCGGGCGGGCGAGCGUUCAUUGUUUUCCCCAUCAUCGACGCUUCAGAGGAGCUCCCGGAAGUGCGGGCAGCCACGGAAGAGUUUCAGCUGCUGACCGAACCAGGCGGGCUGCUGGGCCGUGCAUUGAGGGAUGGCAGCAGUAGUGCUGCUGCCCGAGCCGAGCGGGCAGCUGCCCAAAAAGACCGGCCUCGUCGGCGCAGUGAUUAUAGCCGGUUUGAGCUGUGUGAGAUUGAUAACUUUCCUGACGGGUAUGAGACAGACCAGUAUAACUGUGAGCUGGAUGCGAUGUAUGGCCCCCAGUCAGACGAUGAGGACUACAGUAGUGAUGAGGAAGAUGAGGAGGAAGACGAAGAAGAAGAAGAAGAUGAUGAGGAUGAUGAUGGUGAUGAUGGGUAUGGGUCGGACGGAGCAGCAGUGCUGCGCUGUGGGCUCGUGCAUGGCCGAAUGGAGCCUGAGGAGAAGGAGGGCGUCAUGCGCAGCUUCCAGGAAGGAUCCAUACAGGUUCUCGUGUGCACGACUGUCAUAGAAGUGGGAAUCGACAUUCCCGAGGCGACGGUGAUGCUGGUGGAGCAUGCGGAGCGCUACGGCUUGGCCCAGCUGCACCAGCUGAGGGGGCGCGUGGGCAGAGGGCAACGCCCCUCGCGCUGCCUGCUAGUGGGCAGCAGUAAGGGCGCGCGGCACAAGCUGAAGCUGCUGGAGUCAACACACGACGGCUUGGUUUUGGCCCAGCUGGACCUCAAGAUGAGAGGGCCGGGGGAGCUGCUGGGGAGCAAGCAGUCGGGGCGGCUGCCGGGAUUCAACCUCGCGAGGCUGGACCGAGAUGUGGACAUUCUGAAUGAGGCGAUGCAGGCCGCUGAG